AAUCGAGUUGCUUUCGACCUUAAGCCUCUAUUUAAAUGAGAACUUCCUCUCUAAUGGAUUUCAUCAUUUCUUCACCAUUAACGCAGCAGCAGCUCCUUCUCUUCUCUUCUCCACACUACAUCAAAGCAAUCCGUGUAAGAUGACGAAUUGGUCUAGUCUCAGUGGCCAUAGGGAUAUCAUUAUGAUACCCACACCUGGAGCGCCAAAUGGUGCUGAUGGACAACCAUCGGCCGAUCAUUAUCAGGUGAAUUCCUCGAGCUCGAUGUUGACCGGAGGAAAGAAAAGAAAGCAGAAACCUGAAGGAAAAGGUCAAGGCAUCAAGAAACAGUGCCUGGCCCGGGUAACCGGUGAAGAAGAGAGUGUGGGAGAGCUUACUGUACAGCAUAGUGGGAAAAUCUACACUGACCAAAUCAACAGAAGGAUAUGUAAAGUGAAGGAAAAACUUUUGGAUUGGCUAAGGAACUGUCCAGAAGUUAUAUCCAUCAUCAAUCAAAUUGAAGAGAAAUGGCCACUGCUAUCUGAACUCCAAAAAAUUAAGGAGAAAAAUAGUGAAAUCCAAACCGAGUUCAAGGCAGGCCGUUUAAAAGAGGAUGGGGCGAUGCAGAAAAUGGACGAACUAAAAGAGAGGCUCAAUCGUGUAGAUGGACAACUACAGGAGUUCCACAAAGCAAACAACGUUGAGGAGUUGAACAAAGUAAAGAAACUUGAGACAAUGUUCCUUAAAAAUGAGGAAUAUGACGUGGAAACUCUUGAAAAGAGGUAUGGCAUAUAUAUAUAUAUAUAUAUAUAUAAAUGAAAUUGGUAGGUGAUGAUCGGUAGAUUUGAAAACUUGAAUUUCGAAAAUAGCAUUAGACAUAAAUAUUAUUUAUCAAAUGAUUUAAUACAUAAUUUGAUAUUUAAGUUUAAUAUUUUUUCUAAUAUUUAUGUGUUAAGUAUGGAGUUUGUACACACUAAUAUA